AUUGCCCCAACUUUGGUUUCAAACUGAGCUUCCCGUUAGCCUCACUGUUCACAUUAUAACUGUCAUCGAUAAUGUCAAGUCACGUCGCCUCCGUGGACGAUAUAGAAGGGAGUUUUCCAGAUCGGCAGUUCAACAGUGCGAAGAUGAACAACUCUGACGAUAUCAAUCUUCCAAGAGGAUCCUACAGUACGUGUGAAAAUCCCGCAGAAUUCGGUCCUGACAUCAGAGUUGAAGUUGUUGUACGGAGUGAGGUCGAUCCAGUUCGAGGUAUGUCCAUGGACAACACAGAACUACAGAAAUGUAUGAAGAAAGCGUUCCUCGAACCACAGGAAAAAACUGUUCACGGUGACACGUCACAACCAUACUGUGACGUGGUGGUGAGUACACUGGAAAACGUAGCCAUCUUUAUAUGGCAAAGAAUGGAGCCACUAAUGCCGAAAGGAACACUAUACGAAGUCACCGUAUGUGAUGCAAAGAACGUUGUCUGCUACAGAGGAUGACGUCACCAAGUAUAUUCUGUAUAUAUAUAUACCAGUUGUAUAUAGAAGAUUCAACCCGCGUAUGUCGAGGUGUUUAUAAGAGAUAAAGCCCUCGUAUGAUGAGAUGUUUAUAAAAGAUAUACUAGUAACCCGCGUAUGUCGAGAGGUGUUUAUAGAAACGGAUAUAGCCCGCUUAUGUCGAGGCGUUUAUAGAAAGAAAAAAGCAUCAUGAUAUUUUGUGCUCGUUUUUAUAAUGUAUUUUUUGUUGGCUCGCUACUGUGGGGUGUUUAAUACUCACGUGAAUUUACCUAAAACUCGAAUUUAUUAAUUAUUUAUAAAUUGAACACUCUCUAAUUGAAACAACGCACACAAACUAUGAGGAUCAGAGAGAGAUCCAAACACCGCCCUCGGUGUCAGAAUUAACAGAUAAUCGCCAUAGACGAGGAAAGUUGAAAACGAACUUCUGAUAAACGAGGCUGUAUUUUCUUCCAGGAUGUCACGCCCAUCAUUCAUAAUAUAAUUAAAAUAGUUUUCAAAUGACGCGAGAUGUCAUGGUGACCAGCGGGACAAUACUGGGCACACGUUGGAGACAAAUAAUAAAAGUCUGGCAACAUUGAAACAUUGACACCUUUGAUACACUAUAACGUAUACACUAACUCAUAUGAAUAUAAAUCGAGACUAUAUGUAUUAAAUUAAACUUGCUUUCAAUAUUUAUA